AUGCCUUCUUCAAAAUCUACAUUUUCAACAAUGGCAUCACAUUCAACAUCGACGAUUUUAAAUAAUCAUCCACAUCCACAUCCACAUCCACAAUUGCAUAAUCAAAAUCAUGCUUUGAAUAAUACUUUACCAAGUCCCGGUAAUAUGGCAAAUUUUCAUUCAAAUAUGAUGAAGAAAAAAGAUAUUAUAAAUCACGAACCUACUUUAUUAUCAAGAAGUAAUACUGUUUCUUCGCCAUCUCCUUCUUCUGCAACUUCGCCUUCUACAGCAGUAUCAUCAUCGAUGUCUUCACCUACUACAAACCCAAACUCUAUUAAAGAAGUAAUCAUAAAUCCAACUGAUAUGACUAAUAAUCGAAUUAAUGAGGUAUCAAAUCCUGUCUCUGGUAUACAAAAAGUUGAAGAGGUUAAAUUGGUUAAUUAUUCUAAUGGUACAACUCCUAACAGUGCAGGUAAGAACCCUUCAUCGUGGGAUCCACAGGAUGAUUUGUUAUUACGUCAUCUAAAAGAGAUAAAGAAGCUUGGAUGGAAGGAUAUUUCUCAAUUUUUCAAUAAUAGAACACCUAAUGCAUGUCAAUUUAGAUGGAGAAGAUUAAAAUCUGGAAAUCUAAAAUCUAAUAAGACAGCUUUAGUUGAUGUUACAGAUUAUACUGCUGUGAUUAAAGCUUUAAAUGAAGGAAAAUUAAAUGAAUACAAAUUGAUGGACGUUCCAGCAACUGCUAAUAAUGAAUCAAAACAAAAGCCGCUAAGUGUUAGCGAUAAUAAUACUGAUAUGAUAUCUCCUAGAAAGAAAUAUGAAGAACUCAAAUUUUCUUCAAUGACAAAUAAAGGAAAUAAUUAUCAACAAACGAUUGCUUCGAACAAUUCAUCACCUUCUAAGGAAUCAUAUGCCUCAAAGUUUAUUUCGAGCACUAAUUUAUCAUAUUCUCCAAACGAUAAUAUCAUCGAUAAUAAUCAACAUACUAGUAAUAUCAAUUUCGGUAAUGAAUCCUUUACAAAACAAUUUAAACCACAAAGUCAAGGUAAGAUCCCUCAAAUGGAGCAACUGAAAACACAUAGUAAUAUUUCCUCAACACAUUCUAACACCAAUAGUAAGAAAUUCAUUAAACCGAGAUCAUUUUCACAUUCUGUUACAAGACCUAAACUUCUUGCUAGUAUGAAAAAUUCAGUAUCAAAUAUCAAUAAUGGUGUUUCUACUGUAUCUAAUGAAGAAGAGAACGUUGGUUUUAUUCCAAAGAUUAUUGUAAGAUCAAGACGUAGUUCUUUAGCUGUGCCUGUUCUGCAACAAAAUCAAAUCACGAAUCAACCUCAAUCUCAUCAAAAUUCAAAUAUGCUGUCUCCUUCAGCUUCCUAUUCGAAUAUUGCUAAUGCUCUAAACACUACUUUGGUCACAUCUAAAUCGAGGAAAAAUUCGAUAUCACUGAUGUCAAGACGAUCAUCGUUUAACGUUACAAGUGGAAAUUCAUCAAGAAAGCAGUCUAUUAUAUCAACAGCAGUUUCAAACUCCAUUUCUAGUCAAUUUCCGUUGGCUCCACAUCCUACCAGUGACGUUCAUUUAAAUGUUCAAUCCAUGAAACAAAGAAAAGAUUCAGCAUAUAGGAAGGAUUUUCAUAAUAUGAAUACCAUGGUGUCAAAUCCAGAACAUAGUUUCCCAUCCACGUAUGGGUUUGUUGACGCACCGUCAUCGAAUACACGUCGAAAAUCAUCGAUUACUGGAGUUAAUAUGCAUUCAAUUUCUAAAGAUAUCCCAUCUGUGUCCGAAUGGACAAAUCAAGAAGAUGCGAUAGUAUUGGAAUGUCAUGGAAGAAAUCUGUCUUGCAGAGAAAUGUCAAUUUUAUUAAAUAAUAAAUCAGAAAAUGAAACUCAAUGGAGAUUAAACUAUUUAAAGGGCAUUGGAAAUGGAAGUAAAGGGAACUCGGCCGAAACUGAAAAUGUGGACCCAUUACACAUGGGCCAUGUAUCCAAUUCAUAUACUGGGACAGAAUUAGGAAAAAAAGACCAAAUCAAUCAACCACUGAAUACCCAUCUACCUAGCAUAAAUAAUAUACUUAAUGAUGCAAACUAA